AAUAUUCAGCUGUGUUUAUUUUCCACGGCGAUAUGGCGGAGCAGGUAAUCAAUGGCGUUCCUCAACCACCGUUUCUGCCUCCAGGCUAUCGCUUCCACCCUACUAGUUCCGAACUCUUCCGGUAUUAUCUCUACGACAGAGUCACGAAGGGUUCUUGCCAGUGGAACAUCGUCUCUGAUACCGAUAUCCUUGCUGUACCGCCAUGGCAUCUCCCAGGAAUGGACUCGAAUGAAAACGAGGGUUAUUACUUUUAUGAAAGGGAAAGGAAAUCGAAGUCUGCCGGUUCCAAGGGGAACAAUAGGAUUAUAAAGGUCGACAAACAAGCUUUCUGGAAAGUGAAUUUUAGUGAUGAUGUUUGGGAAGAAGGGAUGUUGUGGGGAAAGAAGAACACUCUGAACUAUUUCAAUGGGCCUAAUGCGAAAACCGACUGGUUGAUGUAUGAAUUUGUUUUGGAUCCAUCGCUUGCUGAAGGGAAUGAUGGUAAUGUUGUCCUCUGUAAGGUCUACAAGAAGAAAGAUUCCAAGGAGGGGAAACGGGGGCGAGGUCUAAAGGGAAGCAACAUUAAGGAAAAGGGAAAGAGUUGUCUGCAGGGAAGUUCCGAUGGUGUAGCGGAGAUUGAGCCUCUUCAUGACAUUAAUUCUGGACAAGCUCUCAAGCGGAGAAGGAUAAUGAAUGCUUGCUUUCCACAGCUAAACCAAAAGACUCAAUUUGCAGUUGGUGCGUUGUCUUCAGCAGCUUCUCCCUACAUCGAGGAGACACAUCAUUCAGAAGCUGCUAUACAGCCAUCUUUCUCAACUGAGCCCCACACUGAGGGCAUUCAUCCAGCAGAAGUCGCUACAUCAAGCACGAUAAAUCACUGUAUAUAUGCUGCACCAGUUGAUGAUCCUAAACUAUAUUACCAGCCUCCUGCUGCAUUUGAUUCAGCUAAGCCCUACAUUGAGGCGACUCAUCCAGCAGCCGUUGAACCAUGUACGAUCAAUCACUCUUCAUCACUUGCAGAACCGUGCAUGAUCAGUUACUCUUCUCCUGCAGAACCAUGCACCAUUGCUGCAUCUUCAUCGAACAGUAUUGCACCAACUGAUGAUCGUAAUGUGCAUUACACAGAGACUGAAUGGGAGCAGGAGAUUCAACAAUAUCUGAGUUUUGAUUCAACUAAUCAGUUCAAUGACUGUGAUGAGUUCGACGAAGAAUAUUUUGCCCCAUUUUUCAAUAUAUAGCAAGCUUGCAUCAUGCUUAGUCAGAGAAGUAUAUAGAUGAUUGCUCUUGAUGUAUGCAUGGACAUACUUUCCCCAUGCAAAUUUUUGAUCUUGAUGUGUUUAUCCAUGUUAAUUUCAAUAGAUUCGUAUUUUUGUUUUAGUUAUUUGGUCCCUGCUUUUUUGUAAUUUUGUUGGAUUUUGAAUAUUCAUGUAUAGAUCAUUGUUUUUCCGCUUAUUGAUGAGUUCUGCAGAGAUAAGAAAAUACUGUAUAUAUU